CCUACAAGCAGUGCAAAGCAACUGGCCAGGGUUAACAAGCCUUGGUUUUACAGGAGAUUUGGAUUUUCUACUGUUUGUUCUUUGUAAAAAAUGACCAUCAACAACUUUGCAAUAGAAUAUGAUGCCAUCAACAGCAGAAACACCUUUACAAAUGGAGAUUCCAUCAAUGGGAGAAUCAUUGUGGAGGUUUCUAAGGAAACCAAAAUCCAGUCUCUAAUUUUUGUGGCAAAAGGAAAAGCUCAGGUCCGCUGGAGUGAAUAUUACGGGCAACAUCAACAUCAUGUGUACUGGGCUGAUGAGCAAUAUUAUGAUAUCAAACAUCAUAUCUUGAGAGAGUCAAGACAAGAUGGCACUGAAGUUAUCGGUAAAGGGAGACAUGUAUUUCCUUUUGCCUUCAAGAUUCCUGACAGCAAAAUCCCAUCAUCUUUCAAAUCUGGCAUUGGCAACAUUCAUCAUAAAUUGAAGGCAGAGCUCAAACAAUCAAUGAAGCUGACAAAAAAGGCCAAAAGCCACUUCACAUUUGUGUCAAAAGCAGACAUGGAUAUUCCUGGACUUCUGGAACCUCAGUAUGGUAGCAAGGACAAAUCUGUCAAGGUAUUUGGCUCUGGAAUUAUUUCAAUGGAUGUUCAGACCAAGCGAAUGGGAUACAAACAAGGUAGAGAUCUCAAAGUCUCAGUUGAAAUCGUCAACAACUCAAGUCGUUCAGUGAAGGCUAAAGUCAUCCUGUAUGAGAAGAAGAGCUUCUUCGCCCAGGGUAGCAGGAGAGUUUCCACAAAGGAGAUCCUUAAGGAGAAGAUGGAGGCUGUCUCAUCCUCUAACAAAGAGACUGUGGUCAAGGUGAUGAACAUCCCCAGAGAGUUACCUAGCUCCAUCUUAAACUGCAGCAUCAUCAAGCUGGAGUACAGGCUGAAGGUCCAUCUAGAUGUCAAAUAUGCUUCAGACCCAGAGAUCACACUCCCUAUAGUGAUCCUACCUGCCUCUGAGGAUAAUCCUAAACAACAACAACCUUCUGAUGCUGGCUUUGGGUUUGAUGUAUUUGGGAACCCAGAACAAGCCCCCUGGAGCCCGGCACCACACCAACCAGCAGCAGCCGCCAGCGCUAUGGAUCCUCCACCUCCCUAUGCAGCACAUGCAAUGUACCCCGCUAACCAAUACUGGACUGGAAAGUAAAUACGGCAACAAUUCGGCAUUGAACUUCUAUAAUAUUGUCAUGAUCGACUGUUAAAUACAGUAUCAACAUUAGAUACAGAAGAAUAAAUGAUAUUGUCUUUGUUUACCACAAAUACCUCCUUUAUUAUUGGCUCAAGCAUCAUACAUUUGUUUGGAGAUGUUGUGGUAUCAAGGCUUCUUGACAUCAAACUGCUUAUUCCAGUGACAAUAAGAUUAUUUGUCAGUUUCCAUUCAUGUUGAUGCCACAUUUUGUGUGUCUAUUUUAUUGUGAUUUGUUUGUAAAUUUAUCAUAAUUUGAGUGUUAUGUAAAUACUGAACAUACAGUACAACAACUUUGUACAGUCUUCAAUCAGACGGGAAAUUCAACAUGAUUCAUAAAAUGUUAUCUCACAAAUGUAUUUGUUUACCUUAAGCAAUAAAGUGGUAUUUAUACUAUUUAUACCUAUA